AUGUACGCCGACCGCAUGCUCACCCAAUGGCUGCAAGACCACAAGCCCCGCGCAACAAGCAUGAAACACCAACCAGCCUUCUACCGCAACCUUGAACAAGCCAUGGACCUCGCCCGCGCCGACCACAGCCUCUUCGUCGCCAAGCCCCGCUGGGACGACUCCGUCCUCGACUUCACCUCCAGCGACUUCCUCUCCUUCAACCGCACCGGCCGCAUCCGUGAAGCAUUCCAGGGCGAGCUAAGCCAGUACGAGGACUUCCGGCUCAGUGCCUCGGGUUCCCGCGUCCAGUACGGCAACUACGACUACCUCAUCCAGACGGAGAAGGAGAUUGCGGCGUUCCAUGGCGCCGAGACAGCAUAUAUCGCGCAUUCCGGGUACAUGGCCAAUGCGGGGACUGUGGCGGCUGUGACGCUGCCUGGGGAUGCGAUUGUUUACGAUGAGGCGGUCCAUGCGAGUACGCAUGAGGGGAUGAAGGCUUCGCUGGCCCAGCACCGGUUGGCGUUUCGGCAUAAUGAUCCGGAUUCGCUAAGGGGGGUUCUUGGGGAGGUGAAGGGGUAUCCGGGGUUUGCGGAGGGCCACUUUUCGAUUCUCAUUGCGGUUGAAUCAGUGUAUAGUAUGGAUGGGGAUAUUUGUCCGCUCGAGGAGAUGUUGCAGAUGGUCAAGGACCUGUUUCCGCUUGGGAAUGCGCAGUUCAUCAUCGAUGAGGCUCAUAGUAAUGGGGUGAUGGGGCCGAGGGGGGCAGGGCUGGUUAAUAUGUUGGGGCUGGAGAAGGAGAUUGCGAUUCGCAUCCAUAUGUGCAGUAAAGCGUUGGGGUCGACUGGAGGUGUGAUCCUCUGCAACAAGACGAUUCGAGAUCGGCUGAUCAGCAAUGCCCGGUUUGCCAUCUACAGCGGCGCACCGUCGUUCCCCAUGGUGGCGUCCAUGCGCGCUGGGUACCGCUUGCUGGAGAAUAACGAGGCCGAAGAGCCAAUACAGAAAGUCCAGAGCAGUGUCCGGCACUUUCUCGAAACCAUCACCGCCCAUCCGGUAUGGGAUGAAGCCGUGGACCAGGGGAUCCUCAACAUUCCCCUCGCCGAGGACUACGAGAGCAUCGAGCACCUCACUCACAUAGUGCCGGUACUGACUCGUCCAAAACACGAGCUGUACCUCUUCUUCCAUCUGAUGAUCAACAAUAUCAACGCUUAUAACAUAUCCUUCCCGGUAGUACCGAAAGGGAAAAGUCGGGUGCGCCUGGUCUUCCACGCCCAUAAUGAUCUGGAUCAAGCGGAGAAGUUGGCAAAUACCAUUUGCGAGUGGGCUCAGGAAAUGUUGGUGAUUGAGGACGGCCAGACAGACAAUGUCUUGCCGAGUGCGGCACGCCGGGUGUAUGCCAUGAAUACUUGA